UGGUUAGUCUAUUUAAAGACUUUGGAUCGCACAGAACGUCAGAAUUGACAAAUCUUUUUCGCAAUGACAGUUACCUGGGAUAGUGUUAACAAGCUCUGGAGUGGUCCUGAACGAUCCUCCAUGUACAGUGAUGACACUUCAGUGGGUAGAAUUAUAUUCAAUACCAUGAAGAAUUAUCCCAAGAAUGUGUGUCAGAUAUCAGAUAGCGAUGGCAUUGUUGUGACCAACGAGGAGGCCAUCACCUGGGCCAUUCGCAUUGCCCAGCAUCUGAAGCAACGUGGCCUGGAUCACAGAAGUGUCGUCGGUGUCGUGGGCAGGAAUACAACCUAUGUAAUGCCAAUGGGUUUGGCAUGCCUGCUAAAUGGCACACCAUUCCACGGUGUAAAUCCCAUUUUCGAUGAAGAGACUCUCAAAUACAUGUACAACAUAACACGACCUGCAUUGAUAUUCUGUGAUGCACAAUUUUAUGAUAAGGUUCAUGCAGCCACCAAGGAAUGGAAUCCCGAAAUUAUAUUGCUUUCUGGCCACAUUGAAGAUGUUCUGACUAUUGAGAGUCUGUUGACAAAAACUGCUACUGAAAUGUUUUAUCAACCGGAACCACUUAAAGAUGGCAGUGAUCAGACCAUUGCUAUACUCUGCUCCUCUGGCACCACGGGUUUGCCCAAAGCUGUCUGUGUUUCAAACAAUGUGUUGGUGCAGGAUAAAAUGCUGGUCAAUAGCGAAACCAUAUUCUUCAUCACAAGCGGCUUGGAUUGGAUUAGUGGCCUGUGGGCUUUCCUUUUCAGCACCUUCUUUGGCAGCACUCGCAUCAUCACAGACCAACCUUUCUCCCCGGAAUACUUUGUGAGAUUGGUGCGUAAAUAUAAAAUCAAUUAUGCCACCUUAGCUCCGGUGCAUUUGGCUGCCAUUGCCGCCUGCAAAGAAGCCACACCCGAAGCGCUCGCCUCGAUGAGAAAUCUAAACUAUGGCGGUGGCAUUUUGUCGCAAUCGACACUGGAACGCACACAGGAAUUAUUCAAGGAAGCUACUUACAAUUCGGGUUAUGCCAUGUCCGAAGUUGGCAUAGUUACAAUGAGUUUUGGCAUCCGCAAUGCAGCAACAGCUGGCCAUCCAAAUCCGGGCAUUAAGAUACGCAUUGUCGACGAGUCUGGAAAGAGAUUAGGCCAUAAUGAAGUAGGUGAGAUCUAUGUGCAUACGGGUAAGCAUUGGAAUGGCUACUAUGGCAAUCCAGUUGCCACACGGCAAAUGCAAGACUUUGAAGGUUGGAUUCAUACGGGAGAUUUGGGUUACUUUGACAAUGACAACAAUCUGUAUAUUGUGGAUCGCAAAAAGGAAACCCUCAAAUACAUGGGCAUUCAUUAUUGGCCUACGGAAAUUGAGAAUGCAAUUCUGGAGUUGCCACAAGUCAAGGCUUGCUGUGUCAUUGGCGUUCCCGAUGAUCUAAUUGGCGAUGCAGCUGGUGCUUUGGUGCUCAAGAAUCCCGAUUGUGAGAUUAGCGAAAAGGAAAUCGUUGACUAUGUGAUCAAGCGGCUGCCGGUUGAAACAAAGCAUCUGCAUGCCGGAGUUCGUUUCGUGGACAGAUUACCAUUCAAUGCCAAUGGCAAAUUCAUGCGUAAGCAAGGACUCGAAAUGUUUCUGGCACAAUAAGUGGACUAUGUGAUUGGGAGUGAGGCAAACGUUGUUUAACUCUAUUAUAUAUAAUUACUUUUUUUAAUUGUUAUGAUUUUCAA